UACUGAUCACUUGUUCUACUGAACGCGGCCAAUGGAGAUAUCCGGGGCCAAAUAAAGAUGGAUGGAUGGAUACAAUAACAGCUGUCAUCUAUUAAACAAAUAUCAAUUACAAACUAAUCAAAAUACAGUAAUCACAGUAUCUAAGAAGAAGUAAUAACCUGCUGCAACUGAAUCGGAUUAAACUGCAUAUGAUAUUUUAUUUGAAAGAAGAACAGUUGUAAUUGUCAGUCUAUGUAUAGUUAAAUUGAUUGAAUCAAGAAAGAUCUGUGGCUGAGCGACUUCAAGUGAUCUCAAGACUAGGCCAAGUAUUUUUAGGUGAAAUAUAUAUUUAAUGUCCAAAUUUUCACUUUGUGGACAAUCUCUAUAAUAGUUUUUGAGGAAUAAAAAAUACCUGUACCAUGGCAACUGCUCUUCAUACUAUUACAGUUGAAACUGCAAAAGCUAUACUGGCAGAUGUUUUGACAGCACUGAAUACACCAGAGAAUUUAGAGAAGCUUGCAGAAGCAAAUGAAAAAUCUGGUAAUGAGAUGUUAAAGAAAAUGCAGUUUGUAUUUCCAUUAGUAAUAGAGAUUCAAAUUGAUGUUAUUAAAAAUUAUGGGUUUCCAGAAGGAAGAGAAGGGGCUGUACGGUUUGCAGAGAUUAUUAGAGCUUUUGAGAAAGAAGAUCCUGAAGUAGCACAAUUACAUAAUCAGGUUCGUUCAUAUUUUCUAUCACCAGUUUUGAUAAAUUCUACAAAUGAAUUUCCUUAAAAUACAAAUUUACAUAUAUAAUGUUGUAGAGUUCAUAUUAUACUUAUAUAUACAAUUUUUAUUUUAAGACUGACUUAAGCAUGUAAGGAUAACUUAUAUAAUUUCAGAAAAUUAACAUGUAUGUAUUAUGAAAAUAAAUAAUGUAUUUUAUAUAUUA